AUGGAGGCUGCUCUUAAUGAUAUUAUUUCAGAUUCUCCAAGCGCUGUAAAGGCAGAUGGUACAAAAAGUGGCCGACCAACACCAUCUCCCAGAGCCUCGCUUGACAUGGGCCGCGCGGACGGUCAUGCAGCUGAGAAAGGGAAGCCCAACAUAUCGUCAUUGGGCCUUGUGAAUACGUCCUCUCGAAUUGGGGUAUUUACAGAUGAUGAUUUAUUUCCAGAUCAAGAAAAGUUCAUUGAGGAUGAAUAUGCUGAUCCAGAUAUGCCGGAACACGAUAUACCUAUAGAAGAAGAAAUCCACGAGGCAGCGCCUGGAGACCUGGGUUUAACGGAGGCAAUCUCCGCCUUGACGGCCGAUAUAGAGAAGCUCGUUUCACAGGAGGCUGUGAUUGACUCGUUAACGAGGAAAGCUGAGUUGACAAAUAAUGUGGCUGAACUGCGUAUUCUGGGAAAAUCUAAAUCUAGUCUACGAAGAGAAAUUCGACGUAAAGAGAUGCAGAGGCAGCAGUACAUUGUACAAGAGAGUGAUAAUAGCUUAUACGGGCGCUCGACGGUGCAGAUACCCUCAAUUAUACUUGGUAAGGAGUCGGAUGGCCGCGAGUAUGCUUUGUACGUGAUUGAGGUGAAACGGAAGGCAGGUGAACAGAUACCAGUUGCCUCAUGGGCUGUUCCACGAAGAUACAGCGAGUUCCACGAACUACAUCAACGCCUCCGAGCAAGAUACCCUUCGGUAAGGGGCCUUGAGUUUCCACGACGGCAUAUGGUUAUGAAGCUUCACAAAGAUGUACUUCAUAAGCGUCGACUUGCGCUGGAGUCAUACCUGAAACAGAUAUUCCUUCUACCCGAUGUGUGCGGUAGCCGUGAUCUCCGCUCAUUUUUGUCUCAACGAGCAAUUGGACCAACCCGAGAAGAGACAGGUGAAGGAGAAACUAGAGAUAUAGUCACUCGCCUUUAUAACUCAGUAGCUGACGGCAUGGACGAUUUUCUCGGAAACAUCGCUGUGCUGGACCAGCUUUCUACCGCUGGGCAGAACCUCAUAUCUGCUGCAACGAGCCAGCUAAGCGCCUCUCAGGCCGCAGGACUAGGACCGGAAGAGGCGGCCACGGCAGCGGAGGCAGAAGCAGAGCUGAAUGCAUUUGAAGACCGAGAAUUGGAGCCCUUUAUCAAGCCAAUCUGCGAUAUCUUUUUGGAAAUAUUUGAGCUGACGAGAGGCAACAACUGGCUUCGUGGGAGAGCCGCGGUUGUUGUGCUGCACCAAUUACUAGGAGGGACGAUUGAGCGUAAAGUACGGGAGAAUGUCAAGUCCUUACUUCAAGAUGCCUCCUUGCUGCAUUAUAUCGGACUUAUAAAGGAUACCAUGUGGCCUGGUGGGAAGCUUCGUGAAACCAAGGUUCGAACAGGGUCAGAGAAGAUGAAGAGCCGUACAGAAGCGAGUGUAAUGCUGGCUACUCUAAUACCAGAACUUGCAGCAGGUGUUGUUGGGCGUGCAAAUGCACAGGCUGCCGCGAGACGAAUAUUUUCUACAUUAAAUAACCCACGACUGAAUUUGCAUCUUGUUUAUACCAUUCUCGAUGAGAUUCUCCUUAUUUUAGCCAAUGGGAGAUGA